AUCAGAAAAAAUUACAACAUGGUUUUUGUCUCUGUAUUUCUAUGAUGGAGAACUCAAUGGGGGAAACAAAAAACCCUCACAAAAACACACACACACACGCACAGACUCUCUCUCUCUCUCUCUAGUUGUGUAAAUUCUGUGCUUGGGUUUGUCGCCUUCUCCAAAGAAGAGAUAUGUACAGAGAGAGGAGAGAGAGAGUGCGUGUGUGACUGGGUGACUGCAACGCACGUCGGCGGAUAUUGACGUCAAGAGUCCUUAGGCCUAUUGCCUUUUCUCCUUCACCUUGGCUUUGAACUACCGUUCCGCUUCAUGGAUUGAUUCUUUCUCUCUCCACACUCUCAGAUGGAACCUCGCUUCGUUCCCACGGCAUACCAUUAGACAGAAAAGAAAUUACAAAAAGCAAAGCACAAAUUGCCCAUUGGGAUUUGGGAUUUUAUUCAAUUCUUUUUGGCCCCCCCCAUAAAUUUCUCCCAGUAUCGUGUUUGUUUCUCACAUUAACUCUGGCGGACCUCAGAGGAACCCUAGCGUUCCUUAUCUCGUCGGUUUCGUCCGGUGGUUUCGGUUUCAAAUCGAGUAAAGAAGGGCACAAGUUCUUCUAUAGAGGAGCGAAAAUGCUGUGGAUAAUGAGAUUUUCGGGGUUCUUCUCCGCGGCAAUGGUGAUGAUUGUGCUCUCCCCUUCUCUUCAAUCCUUCCCACCGGCGGAGGCAAUUAAAUCUUCUCAUGUUGAUUCGUAUCUCCGCCUGCCGACACAUUCCUUGGUUGAUUCGUAUCUCCGCCUGCCGACAGCCACACAUUCCUUGGACAAAUUCUCCUUCCGUAGAGCCCCGGCAUUCCGCAAUGCAGAUGAGUGCCGUUCGCCAAAAUUAGAAAAGUCCAGCGUCUGCGAUCCAUCUCUUGUUCACGUAGCGAUUACUCUCGAUGUUGAAUACCUACGUGGCUCAAUCGCCGCAGUUCAUUCUAUUCUUCAGCACGCCAAGUGUCCGGAAAGCGUAUUUUUCCAUUUCCUGGUUUCGGAAACCGGUCUUGAAGCCGUAGUGCGAUCCACUUUCCCGGAAUUGAAGUUCAAAGUGUAUUAUUUCGACCCGGAGAGAGUUAGGAGCCUGAUUUCAAGCUCCGUUAGGCAGGCGCUUGAACAGCCGUUGAAUUACGCUCGGAAUUACUUGGCGGAUCUUCUAGAAACCUGUGUGAGUAGAGUGAUAUACUUGGAUUCGGAUCUGGUUGUUGUCGAUGAUAUAUCAAAGCUUUGGAGCACAAGCUUAGGGAAGAAAACAAUCGGCGCACCGGAAUACUGUCACGCGAACUUCACAAAAUAUUUCACUCAAUAUUUCUGGUCGGAUUCUAGAUUCUCCGGCGUGUUUUCUGGUCGGAGGCCGUGUUAUUUCAACACUGGUGUUAUGGUGAUAGAUCUGGCUAAAUGGAGGCGGUUUGGGUACACGCGCCGCAUAGAACGGUGGAUGGAGAUACAGAAGACAAGCGUUAACCGGAUCUACGACCUCGGUUCACUGCCGCCAUUUUUACUGGUGUUCGCCGGACACGUGGCGCCCAUCGAGCAUAGGUGGAAUCAGCAUGGGCUGGGUGGGGAUAACGUACGGGGGAGUUGCAGGGACCUUCAUCCUGGUCCAGUGAGCCUCCUGCACUGGAGCGGCAGCGGCAAGCCUUGGCUUCGGCUAGACUCGAAGGAGCCGUGUCCACUCGACUCGUUGUGGGCGCCAUUCGAUUUGUUCGGGCGCUCAACGUGAAAAUUUUUGGUUGGCCUCCGCAAUCCGCCGGUAAAUUCCUCCAGUGACUGUUCCCAUUUUGUUACAUUUGCUCAUAUUUUUUAUUUCUUUCUACAAUUUCCAUUUUUUUUCUUUUUAACCUUCUUCCAUUACAAUUCUUCCUUUUGUUUAAUUAUUAAUUUCUUCUUCUAAACUUUUGAUUAUUAACUCAUUAUCUGUGAUGAUCGAUUUGUACUCUGUAUUUUAUUAUUAUUAUUAUUAUCUUCUUGAAAAUAAAAAAAAGUAAAAAGAAGGAUAUCAUAUUCGGAUGUUGUGUGGUUUUCUAUCUGGGAAUGUUCACAGUUCCCAUUUCCUGUGCAUUUUCUGCCGAAAUCUUUGAACGGAAAAUCGAAGAUUUCAUGCUGGACUGACAAUACAAUAUAACGCAAAAUUAGUUUUAGUGGAGAAAUGGCUGGAAGUUCUAGUAAAAUGACGGAAUUGCCUUCGAAUACAGAAACUUAAAGGAUUCCAAAAAGCGUUAAGAGGACUCGAUGUUGUCGGU